GUGUUGACCUGAAGACCAAUCACCACAGGAUCUGAGGCCAGUACUUAUCUGCAGAUGAGCACGUGUGGCGACUGCUUUUGACCAUCCGUCCUGGUGAGCAGCCCCCAUCUAGAACAGCAGAAUGACAAGCUACACUGACAAAGGGGAAAAGCCAGAGAGAGGCAAGUUUUUGAGGUUCCACCAUGUGAAGUUCUGGGUGGGCAAUGCAAAACAGGCGGCAGGCUUCUACUGCGACAAGAUGGGCUUUGAGCCUUUGGCCUACAAAGGCCUGGAGACCGGCAGCAGAGAGGUGGUGUCCCACGUCAUCAAGCAGGAUAAGAUAUUGUUUGUCUUUGAAUCUGCUCUAAAUCCUGGAAAUGAAGAGAUGGGGGAGCAUCUCAUUCAACACGGGGAUGCUGUCAAGGACAUCGCGUUCCAAGUAGAAGACUGUGACUUUCUGGUCAAGAAAGCCAAAGAGAGGGGAGCAGUGAUAGUCAAAGAGCCGUGGGUGGAACAGGACAAGGAUGGCAAAGUGAAAUACGCUGUGGUUCAAACGUAUGGAGAUACAACCCACACCUUAGUUGAGUAUAUGGGCCCAUACAAAGGCCUGUUCCUACCAGGCUAUGAAAAACCCCUCUUCAAAGACCAACUGCUUGCAAAACUGCCUCCAGGCUGCCUGAGCUUCAUCGACCACAUUGUGGGAAACCAGCCAGAUGAUGAAAUGGUGCCGAUAUCAGACUGGUACCUGAAGUGCCUGCUGUUCCACCGAUUCUGGUCCAUAGAUGAUAAACAGAUCCACACACAGUACAGUUCUCUCAGGUCUAUUGUGGUCACCAACUAUGAAGAGACCAUCAAGAUGCCCAUCAAUGAACCAGCACAUGGAAAAAAGAAGUCGCAGAUCCAGGAAUAUGUUGACUACAAUGGAGGACCUGGAGUGCAGCAUAUUGCCCUAAAUACAUCGAACAUCAUACAAGCAAUAGUGAACCUCAGAGCCCGCGGGAUGGAGUUCUUGUCGGCUCCAGAUACCUACUAUGACAGCCUGCGUGAGAAGCUUAAGACAGCCAAGAUCAAAGUGAAGGAGGACCUGAAGACCCUGCAGGACUUAAAAAUCUUAGUCGACUUUGAUGAUAAGGGCUACCUGCUGCAGAUCUUCACCAAGCCUUUGCAGGACAGGCCUACUCUCUUCCUAGAGGUCAUCCAGAGGAACAACCAUUUUGGCUUUGGAGCUGGUAACUUCAAAUCUCUGUUUGAGGCCAUUGAAAAAGACCAGGACGCCAGGGGCAACCUCACCGCCCUCACUUCAGAUGGUGAUCUGAAGGCUUUCUACUGACAGAUUUACUCGGGUAAAUGUAAGCAGGUAGCAUAUAGGACUUGUCAGAUACCAUAGAAAAGGUUCAGAUAAUAACCUCACAAACUCUAUUCUAUUCACACAAGUAAACCUCUAACAUCUUGACACUUCAUGUGAGAAUUGAACACCAGACUGACUUUAAAGCAAUGUCAAUAAAGCCACUGUUACUGGAAAAAUA